GGCGGAGCCUUGUGGCCGGGCGGAAGCAGCGGGUCUCCCCGGCGGUCGGUGGGUCGGAUAGCGAGCGGUGAGAGCAGCGGCAUGGCCGGUACCGAGCACCUGUUUAAGGUGCUGGUGAUCGGGGAUUUGGGCGUGGGCAAGACCAGCCUCAUCAAGCGCUACGUCCACCAGCUCUUCUCCCAGAACUACCGGGCCACGAUCGGCGUCGACUUCGCCCUGAAGGUCCUACACUGGGAUUCGAGCAUUCUGAUCCGACUCCAGCUCUGGGACAUUGCGGGUCAAGAACGAUUUGGCAAUAUGACACGAAUAUAUUACAAAGAAGCUGUUGGAGCUAUUAUAGUCUUUGAUAUAUCUCGGCGUUCCACAUUCGACGCGGUUCUGAAAUGGAAAAGCGACAUGGACAAAAACGUGAAGCUGCCCGAUGGGAAGCCUAUCCCUGCCGUGCUCUUGGCCAACAAGUGUGAUCAGCAGUGGGAUGGUGUGGAGAACAAUAAGGCAAUGAUGGACCACUAUUGUAGGGACAAUGGCUUUGUGGCUUGGUUUCAAACCUCAGCAAAGGACAAUAUAAACGUUGAUGAAGCCAUGCGAUUUUUGGUGGGGAAUAUUCUAACCAUCGAUUGCAUCCAUGUAUCAGAGGACACUGACGCAGAUGAUAAAAUUAAAUUAACAGAAUACACCGAAGAGCCCGAAAGCAAAUCGCAGUGCUGCUAAUGCACCAUGUCUGUCUCCUGGCAAUGUCUUAUUAUGGCUUCCAGAAUGCAUAUUAUUCAGAUUAUUUUUUUAUAUGACACUGAAGUGGAUGAUUGUUAAACAAAGCUACCGUGCUUUCGGCAUGACUAUUUCAGCUAACAACCAUUGAAACUGAAUUUUUCAUCCUAGUUCUAAUUAAAAGUUGUGAAAUGGUAAGCGCAAUUCUACACAUCUUUUCCAUCACCUAUUUUGCAAAACCAUUUGGAAAAAACCUUAAGAAUGUGGUUAUUAUGUCAAUUUUUCCACACAGAAACUAUUUUGAGCAGUAGAUAGACAUGAAAUGCUGCAGUAUCUCCAUUGCAGGACAGCAUCUUGGGCUUCCUGGUUUGUACAUUUUGUAAUGCUAAAGAAUAGGGAAAUCACAUAAUAGUCACGUAACAGGUUGAGUGGUAUCAAUAUUUACAUCAUACUGGUCACAAGUGCCAAAGGGAACAGUUUCUGUAAAAUAUUAUUUACAUGAAUUUGCUGAUCUAAAACCAGUUCUUGCAGGUAUUGCUCUUUUCGUGCCUAUUCUUGCUCCAUGCUGGUCCUCGUUGGCAUCAUUCAAAGCCAUGGGGGCACAGGUUCCACACCUAUGCUGAGGAGUCCAGUUCGCUCCUUCACUGCUUGUUUUGUCUUCCUGGUAAACUUGUAUCCUCCCUGAAUGAAUUGCAGUUUCAUUGGUCCAUGCUACUAUCUCCUUGUCUGAGCAACUAAUGACAUCCUGACCAUUAUCUUUGGCUAAACCAUAUAGUAAACAACCUUACUGUGCUCUUUGACUCUUGAGAUGAGCUUCUGAGUACCUAUCAACCCCACAACAAAGACUAACUAAUUUUACCUCUACUACAUCACUUAUCUGUCCAUCAUAGCAAAUUAGUUCCCCUUGUCCAAGCUACCAAUUCUGAAGAAGGGUCUCGACCUGAAACGUCACCUAUUCCUUUUCUCCAAAGAUGCUGCAUGACCUGCUGAAUUACUCCAGCAUUUGUGCCUACCUUUUUCCAAGUCACUAGGUAAUUCUUAAACAUUUUAGUUAGAUCUCCCACAUAUAUUCAAGUCUGCAAACUAUCCUCAAAACUUAAAACCUAGCUGUCCAGGAAUUAUUAUGGUGAAUUUAUGCUGCAGCCUUAAUAAGACCAAUCAAAUAUGGCUACCUCAAAGUGCAGAACCCAGAGGUCAAUGCAUUAAUCCACAUCAGACCCAACCCUAGCUCAGUAUAGCUGCAACAUAAUUCCCAUCCUUUUAUGUUCCAGCACUCUCAAACUAGACCAACGUUACAUUAGCCUCUUUAAAAAUAUAUAUUUUUAGGUGCUUGGGUCCAAAGUCUGCAGCAUCAUUCUUUUUUAGGAACUAUUCUGAUCUAUCUUGGGUUCAAAAUGAGUAACAUCGCACUUUGAAUGCCAUUCAGCACUCUCAUGAUCUAUCAAUGUCAAUUUGCAGCUUCAUGCGACCAGCACACAAUUUACUGUAUCACCUAUAUUAAUGUAAGGCUCCCAGUUGCUUCAUGCAGGGCAAUUGAUGAAUGAACUGAGCAGUUCCUAUACUGUUCCAGGCAGAAGCCACCAGUCAAUCCUUUCAGGUUGUAUGUAUACUCUUUAUGACCUUGUAAUCCAUUUCUGGUGUCGGGCAAAUGCAGAGUCUACUUUCUUUUGUGCACUUAUUUAUCUUGACAAAGAUUUACCAAAUUAACUGUCUUUUGGUGAUGUGUGUAAAUCGACCCACUGGUAUUCCCAACAUGUGCCACAGAAAGCUUUAGAGGACAAGUAAAUGGAUAUUUUUAAGGCAUAGAUAGAUUCUUGAUUAAUACGUGUGUCAGGGGUUAUGGAGAGGAGGCAGAGGAAUGGGUUGAGAGGGAAAGAUAGAUCAGCCAUUAUUGAAUGGCGGAGUAGACUUGAUGGGCCGAAUGGCCUAAUUCAGCCGCGAUCACAUGAAUUUAUGGUAUUUCUGUGACAUGAGUUCAGAUUAUAAAUCAGACUUUUAAUGAUCAUUGCACAAUAUUCAAUCAUUCUAUCCUGAACAGAUUCCAGUAACUGACAUUUAUGCCAAAAAGUAUUUUGUUGUUUUUAUUACCUUUGCCCUUACAUAAGUCUCAGACAGGUUUCUGCAAACGCACAGUUUUCACCAGUAGUCCUAACCAUCUAGAAAGAUAAAAACAGCAAGUGCAUAGAAACUCUAGUGCUGCAAACUCUUCCACAAGUCACACACCAUCCUGACUGCCAAAUGCACCACUGUCCUCUUUCACAUGAUGACAAUAUUGGAAACCUCCAAAUGACAGCAUGGCGGGGCAAAUAACAAUGACCUCUGUUUUAACACUUUCCCAGUGUUAUUCUCUAGCUGAUAAUUAUUUGGUAUGCGCAAAGAGGCUGUUACCCUUCUUACAUUGAAACACUGAAUACAUUUCAAAUAAACUAUAAAACAAUUUGGAAUAUCCCGAAAGGGAUUUGAAAGGUGCUAUGCAAAUGCAAGUUGUCUUCCUCAUUCAUGCAAUCAUUUUCCUCAGAACUGUACUGAGGAUUCAGUCAGAAUUACGUUCUUGAGUCCCGGAUAGAGACUAACUUUAUUGUAAUAUCUCUUGCCUCCUCUGAUCCUUCUUCAAGUCUACAUGUGAUCUAAUGUCUCAAUACUAUGGGAGAUUGAUAAUUGUAUUGUUAAAUAUGAUCUGAGAAUGUAGCCUCACCGUUUACACUUAAACCAAUGACACUCCACUCUAUUUCACUAUCACCUCUCUUGACUCCUCCAUUUCUCUAAUUUGUCAGGUUGUUGCUUUAACACCCAGCACUGGAUGAGUAGUAAUUUCUUCUAACUAACUGUAGAAACAACACUUUGUGUGUUAAAUAGCCACUACGCCAUCAAGGUAGAAUGCUAAAUAUUGUGAAGAUUAAUGUGAUUAUCUUCGCUUGUUGUCACACACUUGUCACCAUUUGUAGCCUUCAUCCGCACCCCUGUCCCUGAUCAAAAAUAUCAUGACCGCUCAAGAUCUUUGGGUCAUAAUUUACUUUUAAGAUGAGCUUCAGACCACAAUUCUGCACUAAUAGUCUGCUUCCACCUUUAUAACAUUGAUGGAUUGCAGCCCUGCCUCAACUCGCAUACUGCUGCUGAAAUCCUCAGACAAUCCUAUUUAUACAUCUAUUCCAAUUCACUCUUAUCCUGCCUCCUGUGCUCUGCUGCUUAUGAUCUAAUUAACAAGAAUUCCUAUUUGUCCAUUGCUUCUAGGUUUGGUGAGUUAAAUUGUUUCCUAGUUCAGAAAUGCUUUGAAUUUAUAAUCCUAAUCUCUCCAUGGCUGUGCCCCUUCCUAAAUCUGUAAUCUUCCCCCUGGCACUUUAACUCUUGAAGAUAUCUGUUCUCUAAUUCCUGGUUCCUGCUCUUCCAUGAAUUUGAUUGCUCCAAUAUCUUUGGCCAUGCUACCAGAGCACCAUUCUCUAGAAAUUCAAUUUUAAGUAUCCGAGUCUCCUGUCUCUUCUCCUUCACCACACCCUUUUGAACCUACCUCUUUGGCCAAGGCUUUGGUCAUUUGCCUUACUUGAAACAAGUGGGGAUCUGCUAAUUUGGGUUUGGUAACACUCCAUUGAAGUGCCUUGGGAUAUUUUGCUGUAUUAAAAGCAAUAUAAUGAAAAAUGAAGCAAGUGUAAUACUCCUCGGUGUCUUGUUUGGUAACAUUAAAGUUUUUAUCCUCCUG